GAGUUUAUUCUUUUUUUGUUUAAAAGAGGACAAGAAACUAGAUGGACUGACCGGCAUCGAUUUUUGAAUUAGAUCUUAGUUUUUUGUCAAACUGCGGAUUUUUAGAAAACUCGGAAGGCUUUUUCGGGUUUUGAAGGUUGUUGGUUGCCUGGAAAACCAAUAAAGGCUUAAUUGAAAAAUCGGCGCCUAUCAGUCCAUGUAGCUAGACGUCUAGUUUAAAAUAAAACAAAUCCGAACUCCCCAGCUUGAAGUAUAUUAAAAAAUGUUGGGACACACUUCAGGGUGCUUUUUGGACCUUGAUCUCUGAAAAACUCCUGAACCGUAGGACUUGAAGAUAAAAAAAAUUGUUCAUUCUCGUAACUCAUUGUGCCUUACAUUUAUGGAGAGUUUCGUCUAGAUCGGAGAUAAUUUCUGAGGAGGGAGGGCCCUUUAAACAUCAAUAAAACCUUGAUAAUAAUUAUUUUUAUGAAUACAUUAACUGUCGGAUAAUAACAAAAAUGUAUAAUUUCUACUUUUAGUGCUGUUUUUUCCAAGAAAAAACAACGUCGUUCUAUUGGUUCUCGUUCUCAAAAAGAUAAUUUCAUUAUUACAUUGUAUAGAAAUGGUAGUCGAGAUAAAUGUGUAUUUUGCAAAAUAACCACAAUUGAUGCUGUACAUAUUAAUAUAUUUUACUUCUUCUUCUUAAAAUGGAUUUUUUUAUUUAGAUAUUUUUAUAUGCAACAGAAAAAUUACAAAUGCCAUUAGCGGCAAGACGAUUAUUUGAUGGAAAUGGUCGUGAAAUUACUCAUACUGAAGAUAUACGACCACAAACGGAUUACUAUGUUUCAAGUGGAGAAAAUUUUAAAAAUCCAUUAACACCAAUCAAAGUGCAAACUGAGUAUGUAAUGAAUUCAACAUGGACAAUGAAAGGUAUUAAAACAUCAGCUGUUAAACCCGAAUCAUUUACAACAAGAACAACAAUAUCAAAACGUUUAGCAAAACAAAUAAAAUUAAAUAUAAAUUUGAUGAUAUUUGAAAAUGGAUUUGGUGGAAAUGAUGCAAUGAAUCAAAUUUUAAUCGAUACAGUUCUAAAAGAAAAAUUUGAAAAAUUUCUUGAAGAAUGUACAAAAAAAAUUGGAUUGACCACACAUGCUAAAAAAGCUUAUAAUUAUUGUGUAGAUGAUAUUACAUCAUUAAAAACAUUUUUUGAAUCAGAAGACAACAUGACAAAAACUGUUCAUGGCUUAUUAAUCGGUCCAAUAUGGAUUAGUAAAGGCGAACGAUUUCGUCCAACUGGUGCCUAUACAUUUUUACAAAUACAUUUACGAGAAACAAAAGAAAAACUAAAAGAAACAAAAUUAGAACAAAAACGGGUAAGAAUAUUUUCUAAUAGCAAAAAAAGAAAAAAGAAAAAUCUGUGA